CGGCGCAGGAGGCCGAAAUGGGCCGCAAAAAGAUCCAGAUCAGCCGCAUUUUGGACCAGCGGAACCGGCAGGUGACCUUCACCAAGCGGAAAUUCGGGCUGAUGAAGAAGGCGUACGAGCUGAGCGUGCUGUGCGACUGCGAGAUCGCGCUCAUCAUCUUCAACAGCACCAACCGCCUGUUCCAGUACGCCAGCACCGACAUGGACAAGGUGCUGCUCAAGUACACCGAGUACAGCGAGCCCCACGAGAGCCGCACCAACUCCGACAUCCUCGAGACGCUCAAGCGCAAAGGGCUGGGGCUGGAGAGCCACGAGCUGGAGCUGGACGAGGGCCCGGAGCCGCCCGCGGACAGGAGCAGGAGGCUCGGAGAGGGCGCGGAUCUGGCCCUGGCGCGGCCCAGGUUUUAUAGCCCGGUGCCGCUGCCCGAGGCCGCCUACGGCAGCUCCCCGCCGGCCCCCGAGGGCUCCCUGGGCUCCCCGCAGGGCCCGGGCCGCCCCCCCGCCCUCAGAGCCGCGGCCCCCAAAGCGCCGGGACGGUCCCCGGGGCCGCUGCCCCCAGGGCUCGGCUACCCCCUGUUCCCCGCCGCCGGCCUGGGCCGCGCCCUGGCCACCAAGACGCCGCCGCCGCUGUUCCUGGGCACCGAGGGCCGGCGCGGGGACAGCCAGGGCGGCCUGGCCGGCGGCCGGAGCGGCGGCACCGCGGCGCGGCCGCUGUACCCCGCCCUGCAGACGCUGAGCCCCGGCAGCUCCGGCCUCCCGAGCCACGGCCUGGCCGGGUUCCCCUUCCUCGGCCCGGCCCCGGCGGAUUUUGGGGAGGUCCCGGCGCCCCCCGGAUUCCUGCAGCCCCCCCAGGCCUGGCAGCACCCCCGGGAUGUGGCGGCGCUGGGGGCCAGCAGCCGGAUGGUCCCCGCGGAGGAGCCAGCCGCCGCCGCCGUCGCUGUCGCUGUCGCCGUCCCCGGCGCGUCCCCGCAGCCCGUCAGCAUCAAAUCGGAGCGGGUGUCGCCGGGGCUGGGCUGUGCCCCGGGCACCCCCCUGGCGCCCCUCAGCGAGGCCCCCCGAGUCCCCGGCGAGCUCCAGCCCCGCGAUGGCUUCGCCAAGAGCUUCCCCGCGUUCCCGCCGAGGGCGGCUGUCCCCGCUGUCCCCGCUGUCCCCGCUGUCCCCGCGCGGAGGGGACAGCCCGCGGACGUUUGGCAGAGAUAG